AUGUUGGGUAGUGAUGGAACAAAGAAGUUAUCGUUUAGGCAGUCAAUCAGAGAUGGAGAUUUGGUUAUUGUGUACGAGAAGAGAGACGUAAUGAAGGCUGUAGAAGUAUGUGAGACAUCAGUGCUUCAGAAUCGUUUUGGUGUAUUUAAACAUUCGGAUUGGAUUGGAAAGCCUUUUGGGUCUAAGGUUUUAAGCAGCAAAGGUGGAUUUGUUUACUUAUUAGCUCCAACUCCUGAAUUAUGGACUCUGGUUUUAAGCCACAGGACUCAGAUUCUUUAUAUUGCUGAUAUUUCCUUUCUCAUCACCUACUUGGAAAUUGUUCCUGGUUCUUUGGUGCUUGAGUCCGGUACUGGUAGUGGAUCUUUAACCACCUCACUUGCUAGGGCUGUCGCUCCUACAGGACAUGUCUAUACUUUUGAUUUCCAUCAACAAAGGGCUGCCUCUGCCAGGGAAGAUUUUGAGAGCACAGGAGUGAGCAGUUUAGUGACAGUGGGAGUUAGAGACAUCCAAGGUGAGGGAUUUCCAGAGGAAUUUUCUAGGUUGGCUGAUUCUGUUUUUCUGGAUCUACCCCAACCAUGGCUGGCCAUUCCGUCAGCUGGGAAAAUGUUGAAACAAGAUGGGACUCUGUGCUCCUUUUCACCUUGCAUUGAGCAAGUACAGCGAUCUUGUGAAACUCUAAAUUCUAACUUUAGAGAUAUAAGGACAUUUGAGGUACUGCUUCGGACAUAUGAAGUUCAUGAAGGGAAGAUGGAUAGUUUCCAGAGCAAUGAAGGUGUUUCUCUUAGGUCUCCUCCUUGCAAGAGGAGACAACGCUCAAGUGAAAGCAACACUGUGCAUGACAGCUCAAGUUCUCCUGCAGUCAUGGCUAGACCAUGUGCUGAUGCAAGAGGUCACACUGGCUAUUUGACAUUUGCAAGACUCAAAUGUCUCUCAUAA